AGAACCGCGCAUGUGCAGUUGGCCCUCCCAAUCCAUCCGCGUGAAUGAGUGGCGGAUCAUCCCAUCCCCCCAAACACGUAACCAGCAUUUCGCACAGGAACAGUGUCGCAGCGGUUGUGUGCGAGGGUCUGGGUCGAUCGACAAUUUUGCAGUUGGGAAAUACAAACCAAGCAUCACCUCAGGAACUGACAAUAUAUUGUAACUAUUAUCAGACUUUGAACAUGGAAGUUAAAAAUGCUGCUGACAGAGGGAAGAAGCAGCACAUAUGUUCUGCGUGUGGGCGAACCUUCAGCCGAUUAUAUUAUCUGUCAAAACACCAUUGCAGUCAGACUGGGGAGAAACCGUGGAAAUGUGAGGAAUGUGGGAAGGGAUUCGUUUCCCCAUCGAAGCUGGAAACUCAUCGACGCACUCACUCUGGGGAGAAGCCGUUCAUCUGCUCUGAGUGUGGGAAGGGAUUCGCACAGUCAUCCACCCUGCAGACACACCAGCGAGUCCACACUGGCGAGAAACCUUUCACGUGCCCAGAUUGUGGCAAGUGCUUCAAAGGCUCUGGGGAGCUGAUAUCCCAUCAACGUGUUCACACUGAUCGAAGACCCUUCCAGUGUCCUGAGUGUGGGAAGUGCUAUAAACGUUCGGGGAACCUGAUGUCACAUCAGCGUGUUCACACCAAUGAGAGGCCGUUCCGGUGCCCUCGCUGUGGGAGAGGGUUCAGGCGAUCGUCUUAUCUCACUUUGCACCAGCGAGUUCACACCGGGGAGAGACCGUUCACCUGCUCAGUGUGUGGGAAGGGAUUCUCUCAGUCCUCCCAACUGCUCUCACACUGGCAAGUACACGCUAAGGAGAAACAAUCCAUUUGCUCUUAGUAUUGGAAAGGGUUCACUGGUUGCUGCGAUGCUAGUGAGUUCGCGCUGGGAAGGAACUGUUUAACCAGGCUGAGAGUGGAAGGGGAUUUAUUUGUUCAGCCCAUCUGAUAAACUGCCUCUGAACUCAAGUAACUACAGUCACCGCACUUUGCUGUUUGUCUCAUACAAGAAUGAACUGAAUGAAUGGCAUGAUAAUGGUACAGUUUUCAGAUAGUUUAGAUGAGAUGAGAUUCCCUGCAGUGUGGAAACAGGCCCUUCGGCCCAACAAGUCCUCACUGACCCUCUGAAGAGUAACUCAA